AUGCGGUUCUUUCCAGUCUUCUUGUGCACUAUUAGUGGCGCCCUUGCCACUAGCCGCACCUCACCACCAAGUGGAAGUAUUACAGUGUGUUCCUCGGGGUGCAAUUAUUCUACUAUCCAAGCAGCAGUGAGCUCGAUUUCGACUUCGUCGACUUCGGCUCAUAGUAUUUUCAUCUAUAGUGGUACCUAUACCGAGCAGGUCACUAUUCCGGUUUUGUCUGGGAAGCUCACUAUUUACGGAUAUACAACUAAUACUGCAACCUAUGCCGACAAUGUGGUGAAUUUAGAGUGGGACUCUAGCCUGGCCAGCGGUGCUGCCAAUGAUGAGGAGACCGCCGCCCUCAUCAAUUUAUCUCCAAACGUAGCAGUAUACAACAUCAACAUCAAGAAUACCUACGGCGAAGGGAGCCAGGCAAUUGCCCUUUCUGCGUAUAACACCCAGCAGGGCUACUAUGGUGUCGGCCUCUACGGCUACCAGGAUACCCUUCUGGCCGAGACCGGCAAGCAGGUCUACGGCUAUUGCUACAUCCAAGGUGCCGUUGAUUUUAUCUUUGGACAACACGCUAGGAUAUGGGUCACCAAGAGCGAUAUCGGCGUCAGCGCUGGUGGCGGUUGCAUCACUGCUAACGGCCGCUCGAGCUCUUCGGAUGUGAGCUACUAUGUCAUCGACGAGUCCACAGUAGCCGCUGCCUCCGGUUUUACCGUCAAUGCUGAGACCGUCUAUCUCGGCCGGCCAUGGUCUGAAUAUGCCACUGUCUGUUUCCAGGGGACAUCGCUAUCCGAUAUCAUUAACCCAGCCGGCUGGUCCGAGUGGAGCACCAGCGAGCCUAACACGGAAGAUGUGACAUUCCAGGAAUAUGAUAAUACCGGUGCCGGAGCAAGUGGUACUCGUGCCAGUUUUUCGACCAAGUUGUCAUCGGCAAUUUCUAUCAGCACUAUCUUGGGGAGUGAUUACGCCGACUGGGUGGACACUUCUUAUGUCUGA